AUGGCUGCUGGCCUGCUGGAAACCGUGACCAUCCCUCGCGCCGCCUCUCUUCCGUCCGCUUCGUCGGUUUCGAUCACCGGAUUCAGGUCCGUCCGGUUCUCGCAGUUCCGAGGACUUACGGUGCAGCCAACUCACUCGUCAGCAAAGCUGAGGUCGCCCUCCAAGCUUGCGCGUUUCGGUAGCAGAAUCGUGUGCGAGGCACAGGAAACAGCUGUUGAUGUGGCUGCUGUUGGGGACGCAAAUUGGAAAUCUUCUGUACUCGAAUCUACUUUACCUGUUCUGGUUGAAUUCUGGGCACCGUGGUGUGGGCCAUGCCGAAUGAUCCACCCUGUCAUCGAGAAACUCGCUAAGCAAUAUGCAGGAAGGCUCAAAUGCUUCAAGGUCAACACCGAUCAGAGCCCCUCCAUCGCAACCCAAUAUGGAAUCCGGAGUAUCCCUACUGUCAUAAUCUUUAAGAAUGGAGAGAAGAAGGAUGCAGUUAUUGGUGCGGUUCCAGAAACCACAUUAACAUCAUGCAUUGAAAAGUUCUUGUAG